AUCCUCUGCAGAAUUCUAGGACGCAUACAUGUGAACACACACACAAAUGUUACAUAAAACCUACUUUUUUAAAAAAUGAUUUAUGCCACUUUUUCCACUCAAAAAAAAUAUCGGAAAACCUGUGUAGCCAGUAAGUGUGUGUGUGUCAUUGAGGGACUACACGACUUUGUGUGUUCAGUUUGGGGAAUGAAGAGUGUGGCUGAUGUGUCUGGGAGACCAGCAUCAAGACGUCAACACGCGCACACAGACACAGCUCCCUUCAUCCAGCUGAGUUUCUCUGAGAUUUCUGGGAGAUAUGCAGCACAGUUCGUCGCCAGACACACGGGUAAUAUAUGGCCCCUGCUCCAGCCUCACACACACACACACACACACACCCUCAUUCAAACAAAUACAUAACCGCAGAGUUUUUCUACAGAACAAACAGAGCUGUCCUCAUGUUCUACACUCAGGAUCCAGGCGCUGGGCUCUAAUUUAAUUUGAAUGCUUCAACUCAUCAAAGUGGCUUUUCUUUGGUCUGGAGGUGAGAAGGAAAGGAGACAAGGGAGCAAGGAAAGAGGGGAAGGAGGCAGACAUUCCAGCAUAACCCCUGUGGAGCAGCAGGAAGGACGAGCCUACCAGCUGUGAUUUCUAAUCGCAAAGAAAGGCAGAUCAACAACAAGUAAGCAAAGAUGCAAGGAAUGUGGCCUCUGAGGGGUUCGCCCUGGCUGUUGUUUUCCCUCUGUGCAGCAGCUGUGUGUGCAGGUGCGGGUGGCGCCAAGGUCAGCAACAUAUCGUCGGAGAUGUGUCGUCAUCCCUGUGACGAGUUAGUGGACUUGAUCACAGAGAUCCACGGUCUGCGUAUCGUGACGAGCAACCUCAUCGAAGAUCUGGAGAGAGUUUCAAGAGAAAACGAGGAGAUGCGGAUAACUCUGGCCGAGCUGAGCGACAACAGCAGCAGAGGCGAUGGAGCCGGACACGACAAUGACAUUGACAGAGACCGAGACGGGGAGGUGUGGUGUGUGCAGGACGGACGGGUGCACGAAGCUGGGGAGGAGUGGGAGGUUGACAGCUGCACCUCCUGUGCUUGCCAGGAUGGGAAAGUGGUCUGUCAGCAGGUGUCAUGUCCCCCAGUGUCUUGCAUCAAUCCGUCCUUUAUUGAUGGAAAAUGUUGUCCUGUUUGUUCUAACAAUAAAGAUGGCUGGUCUCCGUGGUCCGAGUGGACGCACUGCUCAGCAACCUGUGGACGUGGAGGGCAGCAACGUGGCCGUUCCUGCAAUAGCAUCGUGCCUUCUUGCUCUGGCCCCUCGCUCCAAACUCGCAGCUGCACGCUGACGAAGUGUGACCGCAAGACACGUGCUGCUGGGAACUGGGGCUUUUGGUCUCCUUGGUCUGCAUGCACAACCACAUGUGGAGGAGGCAACAUCACGAGAGUACGACUGUGCAACAAUCCUCCACCUCAGAAGGGUGGCAAGGCAUGCAAAGGCGUUGCCAUGGAGACCCAGCCUUGCAAUAACACACUCUGCCCGAUUGCAGGAGGUUGGACAGCCUGGAGUGAUUGGUCAGAGUGCUCCAUGACAUGUGGGGGAGGCCUUAAGAGUCGCCAGCGUCAGUGUUUGAACCCGGCCCCUCAGCAUGGUGGAAAGCCUUGUGCUGGAGAUGCUGCAGACUAUGAGGCAUGCAACAAGCAGCCAUGUCCUAUAGAUUUGUGCUUGAUGUCAAAUCCAUGUUUUCCUGGUGUGGAAUGCACAUCAACUGGAGACGGAUCCUGGGAUUGUGGACACUGUCCUCUGGGUUUAAAAGGGAAUGGCACUCACUGUGAAGAUGAGAAUGAGUGUGAAGUGGAGAGUGUGUGUGUAACACAGUGCAUAAACACAGACCCUGGAUUUUACUGCCUGCCCUGCCCUCCUCGAUUUAAAGGCACUCAGCCUUAUGGCAUUGGGCUGCAGCAAGCCCUCAGUACCAGGCAGGUGUGUGAACCAUACAACCCUUGCAAAGACAACACACACUCCUGCCACAAGUAUGCUGAGUGCGUAUACCUUGGCCUGGCAUCUGAGGUCCUGUACAAGUGUGUAUGUGCUGUCGGGUUUGCUGGCGAUGGCUUUUUGUGCGGGGAAGACUCUGAUCUGGAUGGCUGGCCUGACUAUGCACUGACCUGUAAGCAGAAUGCCACGUAUCACUGUCAAAAGGAUAACUGCCCCAAGCUGCCAAACUCUGGGCAAGAAGACUUGGACAAGGAUGGAGAGGGAGACGCCUGUGAUCUCGAUGACGACAAUGACAACAUCAUUGAUGAUAGGGACAACUGUCCACUGAUGUACAACCCACGGCAGUUCGACUCUGACUUGGACGGUGUGGGAGACAGCUGUGAUAACUGUCCUUUUGAGAGCAACACUCUGCAAAAAGACACGGAUGAGAAUGGAGAAGGCGACGCCUGCAGCAUUGAUAUAGAUGGAGACGAGGUACUGAACGAACAUGACAACUGUCCAUUUGUGUACAACACUGACCAGAGGGACACAGACAUGGAUGGCGUUGGAGAUCAAUGCGACAACUGUCCCCUUUUGAACAACCCACUGCAGUUGGACUCUGACAGCGACUUAGUGGGAGAUAUGUGUGACAACAACGAGGACAUCGAUGAGGAUGGCCACCAAAACUCUCUGGAUAACUGUCCCUACAUUGCCAAUAGCAACCAGGCCGACCAUGACAAGGAUGGAAAGGGAGAUGUCUGUGACCAUGACGAUGACAAUGACGGUAUCCCUGAUGAUCGGGAUAACUGCAGGCUGGUUCCCAACAAGGACCAGUUAGACUCUGAUGGUGAUGGCAGUGGAGACGCGUGCUUCGAUGACUUUGAUAAUGACAACAUACCAGACGCUCUGGACCCUUGUCCACAAAACCAGGAGAUCGGUUCCACAGACUUCAGGAAGUUUCAGGGGGUUCUGUUGGAUCCCAAAGGAACCACACAGUCAGACCCUCUCUGGAUUAUCCGCAGUCAGGGAACUGAACUGCUGCAAAAGGCCAACUCAGACCCAGGGAUAGCUUUAGGAUUUGACAAAUUCAGCGCCGUAGACUUCAGUGUGACCUUUUAUGUCAACACCAACCGAGACGAUGACUAUGCGGGAAUCGUGUUUGCAUACCAGUCCAGUCGGCGCUUCUACGUCGUCAUGUGGAAACAGGUGUCCCAAGCUUAUUGGGAGAAGAAACCCUCUAAAGCUUUUGCCACCGCCGGACUCUCCAUCAAACUCGUUAACUCCAACACCGGACCGGGAGAGUUUCUGCGCAAUGCUCUGUGGCACACUGGAAACACCAGAAAACAGGUCAGGACGCUGUGGCAUGACCCCAACAAAAUUGGCUGGAAGGACUUCACAGCGUACCGGAUGCACCUGAUACACCGACCAAAAACGGGCUUUAUCAGGGUGGUGGUCUAUGAGGGCAGAGAGAUUCUGUCCGACUCAGGGGCCGUGUACGACCACACUUUAGCAGGAGGCCGGCUGGGAUUGUUCGUCUUCUCUCAGGAGCACGUCCUCUUCUCAGACCUCAAAUAUGAGUGCAGAGACAAUUGAACCGUUUUCAUCUUCAAGAUUCUCCACAGCAAGAUUCCAGAGAUCCACACUGAAUUCAGAAAAUAUUCACAACAGUGAGAGGAGAAAGAGAAGAAAGGACGCAGCAAAAAUCUGGGCCUUCAUCCAGCCAAGUCUAUCAAUUAGUGACCAUCAUCUAUCUAUCUGUCUGCUUUUUAUGUAACAGUAUUGAUUCCGGGCUGUCUCAUUUGCUGUAUAUUACUCUUCUGGCACCACGCUUUUCAUUCGCGCCUUUAUAAUGGCUGUAAAUAAUUAUUUAUUACAAUAAAUGGGAGAGAGAGAUAAAAAAUGAUAAUGAGGUAAGCUGUACAAAUGAUAGUAACUUAUCGACAGAAAGACCUUUUUUUAAUCAACUCAAACCACCCAUACAUCUUUUGUUGCUGGCUCUUUUUUUGGCAAGUGACGCAAGUGCAAACAAGAUUGGAAAUAUGUUGUCUCUGGCGCCCUCUGGUGGUACAAGGAGGGAAGAAGGUACAAGGUGUGUGAUCUGGAAUGAGGAAAGAUGAGAAUAGUUGGAGGUGGAAUGAAGAAGUUCUGGAGUUGGUUUAGAGGAAAAAGUUAAUUAAGAAAAAGUUGGACGCUGAGAGAACACAAACAGGCAGGAAGGAGUAAGGGUGAAAUACAAUGCAAGGUGAAAUAGGGACUGCAACAGGGAUUAAAUGUAUGCAGAGUUGGGUAAACUGACAGAUGAUGCAAGCACCAGAGAGGGUGGGAAACAGGUGUAAAGGUGUGUGCAAGCAGUAGAGUAGAAUGGGUGGAGCAGGGGUCUGCAAAAUGAGGCUCUAGAGCCACAUAUUUUUUACUAUUGUGGCUCUCUGGCUGAAGAAAAACUAAAAGGAUAGUAAUUUAAAAAUACUGAAGUUAGUUGGUUAGCACUGAUUCAUUUUUACCUACAUAUAUUUGUUAAUUUUAUGGAUUUGAUAUUCUUAUAACAGUAGCAUAAAUUAUAUGCGACAGCAAUUGAAGAAAUUGUGCUUUAUCAGAAAGUCCAAUUAUUAAAAAUUUAGCAAAUUUUAGUACAAAUUUUGAUAUUUUUUGUAAGCUCUGUUUUCAUCAGAGAAGUUUAUAAAGCACAUAUUAUCUUAUGCCGUACAACAUUGUUGUUAUUGCUUAAUAAUGUCAGUUAAUAGCAGCAGUAAGUGGAGAAAAUGACUUAAGUUAUAAUGUUUUUUUAUUUGAUUUGCCUACAUUUUUUCAUUGGAGUAAAUUUGCUGGAGAAGGAUGAUUUAUUUUCUGUUUCACAUUGUCUCUUAUUUCAAAAAAGAAACUAAUUUUUCAAAAGUAAAAAGAAAAGUUAUAUUAUAUGUAUUUUUUUUUAAAUGCAUUUUUUUUUUACAUUUCUAUGCUUAUAUUUGUGCAAACAUUCACUAUAUUUACUGUAAAAGUAACAGCAACAUAAACAUAAAGUUGUCAUUUUUUUAAGGUUCGGUUAAAUGUUUGCGGCUCCUCCGGGGUUUUUGUCAGUGAAGACCACACCUGGCUGGAGGUUGAAGGACUAAAGUGUUGACGGUUGCACUCCCCUGGGGCGGAGGAGGGUUUCAGGUGGGACAAAAGAGUGUAAGCAAGAAUGUAAGGUGUAGAAGACUGUGGUGAGCCGCCAUGUUGUUGGGUUAGAGAGGAAAAGAGACAGUAGAUGAAGAUGUUGAGGUUUUGUUUGGGAUUGAUGAGGAUGGAUAUGAUCAGGAAUUGAUCUGCAACUCUGGCUAAAGAAUAAUAAAAUUUUUAAAAUUAAUUAGAAUUUAUUUAAUUUAUUUCAGUAAUUUUCAUGAAUUUAUGUUAUAAACUGUCAACUAUACCGUAGGAUGUUUUUUAAACCUUCUGGCAAAAAUUUGAUCAGAAAACUAUUUGACUUUAUUUAAGUUUUGUUUCAAAAUAUAUCUUAUACACGACUGCUAAACAAUGCUUAUCUGAUACCAAAGGUGGUUGUUAAAAGUGUUUAUUUUUAAAUGCUUCAUAUAUUUUUUCUAUUGGAUCAUAAACCAAUCCUUAAAAUCAGGUGACAGUAUAGUAAUUGGGGAAAAAUAGACACAAAGUAGACUUACUUCAUAACAAUGGAAAAUGCG